AUGCACAGCUUGCGUGAAGUAUGGGAACAAUUGACCGAUGACGAUCAAAAGAAUAAAGUACCAUAUUCACCAGAUUUUUAUCCAGGUGGAAAUUAUAUUGAUCUUCUUCCUCAUGGUGAAACUCGGUAUUGGCUAUUUGGUCCUGAGACAGGACAAAAAAUCGUGUUUGUGCAUGGAAUUUCUAUCCCCUCAACUAUUUUCAAAGAAAUUGCGACAUACUUUGCUAAAAAAGAAUUUCGUGUCUUAAUUUAUGACUUAUACGGAAGAGGAUACAGCGCCAGCCCUAAAUGUGAUUACAACAAAACAUUAUUCAUCGAACAACUUUUAAAUCUUUUAGAUAAAGUUGGUUUUGAUAAAACGAAUGUUGUUGGAUUGUCAAUGGGUGGUGCAAUUUCAGUCUUGUUUGCACAAAAAUAUCCAGAAAAAGUGGAGAAUUUGGCGUUGAUUGCUCCUGCUGGAUUAUUGGAACCUAUGGAUAUUCCCUUUGUUGGGAGGAUUCUUACUUUUCCUGGUGUCUCGAAAAUGAUUCAUAAUCCGAUGACGAGGCCGCUCAUCGAAAGAUCAAUAAUCAAUCGACUCAACAAAGAAAACAAAAAAUCAGUACUUGCCGACGAGAUUGAAAACAUCGUAAUGUAUCAAUUGCACAAACAUGCAGGAUUCGUUGAUAGUUAUAUUUCAACAAUCAAACAUUUUCCACUUCACGGGCUUGAGGAAGCCUAUAAAGAGGUUGGAAUGCAGCAGAGAGACGAAGUAUUGGUUGUUUGGGGAUCUGAUGACGAGACAGUACCAUAUCGUCUCUGCAAAUGUCUACAACAAUACAUUCCUCAGGCUCGUGUUAUUACUAUUCCGAAUGGAACGCAUGGGCUUACAGUGACUCAUCCAGAAAUUUUAUCCACGCAUUUAUACGAGUUUUUUUCAAGAUAA